AUGUUUGGUCAGUAUGGUUUUCAACAAGCCAUUUUUGAUCUUUUAGCAAAAAAAGCGGAUUGUAUGGCUCCCAAAGAAAAUCUAGGAAUCCUAUUAUUAGAUGAAAUAAAAUUGAGUGAAUCAGUUUCAUUUAAUAAAAAAACUCUAAAGGCAUUGGCAGUGUUUUUGAGUAAAGGUUGUGCUUCAAGUACAGUGUUGCACAAGAUUGUUAUUGAAUGUGUUAUUCUUUUGGAGAAGUCUGGUUUCCAUAUAGAUAACAUUGCAACUGAUGGUGCUACAUGGAAUCGAAGUAUAUGGACAAAAUUUGUAAUUUCUUCUGAAAAUAUUAGUUGUGAGCACAUUUAUGAUUCAUCAAGAAGAUUAUGGUUUUUAUCAGAUUUUGGUUUUAACUUAAAAAUAUGUCCUGGUUUAAGUUAUGAUGACAUACAUCCUAAACCCUACCAAAAAAUUAAUGUUGGCAGAGCAUACCGUUUUUUUGGUGAAAAAACUGCUAUAACAAUGGAAAUUUAUCGAGAAAACAAUAUUGAUUUAAUUGAUUGUGAACCAUCAGUUAUACUUAUCUCCCGAAUAAAUAGUUUAAUUCAGGCUAUGGAUUUCCGAAUUCCUAGCAACAGUCUUAGAAAAGCUUCUCCUGAAUAUAAAGUAAUUAAAGAUUUUAUAGACUAUUUGGAUCAAUGGCAUGACAAUGCUGAAAAAAAAACAACUGUAAUUUUUUGA